ACAAGCUAAAGUCCUUCUCUGUCUCUGUUUCUCUACCUCCAAAAAAAAACGCUCCCUUCCACUUCACCUUCCCCUCAUACACACAAACUACCACUACCUCAUAUCAUUCUCAAUUUCAUCACAAUGGUCGAUGUAGACCGGAGAAUGACCGGUUUAAACCCGGCUCACAUAGCCGGUCUAAGACGUUUAUCAGCCCGAGCCGCUUCAUCUUCCUCCUCAUCCUCCUCCUCUUUCCCAGAACGUAACGGUUUAUUCUCAUUUUCUUCUGUGGUUGAUAAGGUCAUAACACAGCUCCAUAACUCCGGCGUAGAAGUGCAACAUGGUCUCUCCGACGCUGAGUUCGCACGAGCAGAGGCGGAGUUUGGUUUUGUUUUUCCGCCGGACCUUCGUGCAAUUCUCGCCGCCGGUAUGCCUGUCGGACCUGGAUUCCCUGACUGGCGAUCUACCUCCGCUCGCCUCCGUCUCCGCGCCUCGUUAGACCUUCCGAUCGCCGCUAUUUCUUUUCAGAUUGCACGGAACGCGUUCUGGUCGAAAUCUUGGGGAUUAAGACCUUCAGAGCCUGAAAAAGCAUUGCGAGUUGCGAGAAAUGCUUUGAAGAAAGCUCCGUUACUGAUUCCUAUUUUCAACCAUUGUUACAUUCCUUCUAAUCCUUCACUCGCCGGGAAUCCUGUUUUCUACGUCGACGAGAAUAGGAUCUUCUGUUGUGGUUUUGAUCUCUCUGAUUUCUUUCAACGGGAGUCUCUCUUUCGAAGCUCCGAAUCCGAUCCGAAGAUUCUCAUGAAACAGAGGUCCGUUAGCGAGAAAUCCGCGGGUUCUUCAACGGCUUUCUCUCGGAGGAGCCUCGACGGAGGGAGGAUGCCUAGGUGGGUGGAGUUCUGGACAGAAGCCGCCACAGAUCGUCGCCGGCGGAACUCUUUGUCAUCGGUAUCAUCGCCGGAGCGGUUUUUUGAUAUUAAUCAUGCACGGUCUGAAACUCCGGGUUGGGUGGUUGAAUACAUAGAAAAAAUCGGGUCGGUUUUGAGAUUAGGUGGGUGGAGCGAACCGGAUAUAACCGAAAUGGUUCAGGUUUCGGCAUGUGGAUUUUUUGAAGGAGAAAUGGUGAUGUUGGAUAAUCAAGCGGUGUUGGAUGCUUUGUUAUUGAAAGCGGAUCGGUUUUCUGAUUCGCUCCGAAAGGCUGGGUGGAGCUCCGAAGAGGUAACUGAAGCUUUGGGAUUUGAUUUUCGACCUGAAAAGGAAAGGAAACCGGUAAAGAAGCUAUCACCUGAACUUGUGGAAAAAAUUGAGAAACUGGCUCAGUCAGUUUCCCGGUCAUAAACAAUUUUUCCGUUUCACUUUAAUUUUUAAGAUAUCAGGUUUUGCUUUUGGGUUAAAACAACAAGGAAUUUGGGUAACGCGUUGUAGUAGGAAACAAAGUGCACAAAAUAGUUUAAAAAGGUUUAAUUUUACAUGUUUAUGACCAUCCUAUCCCUUUUAUAUACUACAAAAUCAUAGUAGGUUCAUAAUAAAUGAUCAAUUUUUUCUCA